AUGGCACCUUCUAACCAUCUCAUGUGGAAACUCAAGGGAAGCACAGGACAAUUUAACCACUUAUCGACAGUGACACUGCCAUGCCAAGUUAGCGUAGUGAGAGAGAAACUUAAAGUCAACUUCGGACUCUCAGAGUCAACACAUAUAGACUUUGUAGUGUACCUUGAAAGUGACCCAGAUGCUGUUCUGUCAGACCAAUACACGCUAAAACCAAACUCGAGAGUAUAUACGAGAAGAUGCACAGCUGAAGAAGCAUCGUUACUGAUUGCAGAAGCCAACUCAGUGUACGUACCAGAUGAUGACCUAGAAGAAGAAACAUUUGGUUUUGAAGACGAAGGGGAUAUGGACGAACUGUUCAAAAUACCAGAGUCACUACCUGAAGAAGAAAAUCAGUCAGCUGACAAAAAAGAUGAAGAAGAGUCCAGAAUUAGAGAAUUAAUUCAACAACAAAAGACACAUGAAAGUGGAAGACCACAAGUUCAACUUGAAUACUAUAAAAAGAUGGCUCAAAUGCCUCCACAAAACUACCAAUCAAACGUUCCUAACACACAAACUAGUAAUUCUAACUCUUUAGCGCCAAGUCCAUACGACACUACAGACACUAGUUAUUUAAGCCAGAACUACAUUUGUCAUAUGUGUGGACAAAGAGGCCAUAAUAUAAAGGAUUGUACGGUUAUGGACGGCAAGAGGCUUUCGAAGAAAAUAAGACCAUCAACUGGAAUACCUACAGACUUUCUCACUCCAAUACCCUCAUCAGAUGUUCCAAAAUACGACGAAGUUUACAUUCUAAAAGACGGUUCUUUUGCAAUUAUGCGUGAAAUCGAGUCGGUUUCCGGAGGAGCUUUUUUUACAAAGACAGUCGAUCAAAGAAUACAAACUCAGCUUGGAAUAAGUGAAAAGGACGCACAUUCAUUAUCUAAGGGAUUCAAGUGUACCAUAUGCUUAUGUUAUUUCAAUAAUCCAGUAACUACUCUAUGCUGUGGAGAAACUUUCUGCCUCGAUUGCAUAAUAGGGAAAAAGAAUCCUACUUUCAACACCAAUAUUGUCUGUCCAACUUGUAGAAAAUCCAUUAAAAUGACUGAUCUUCAAUCGAAUACUUCUCUGAAAAAGGCAGUUCAGUCUCUUAUUUUAGGAAAUGUGGAUGUAUUGAAAAACGUCAACAAGGAAAAAGAAACUAAAAAGGAGCCGGAAAAAGAAGAGAAGGUUCAAAAAUUUUGUGGGAUCAACAUUGAAAGUUUAAAGAGGUACUUGACAUACAUAAUUAUCUACCUUCAGGCAAAAGAUAAUGGUUGA